AUGGAGCUCUUAAAGGACUACGACUGCGAGAUUUUGUAUCACCCCGGAAAGGCGAAUAAAGUUGCCGAUGCACCGAGUAGGAAGUCUUCGCCUGCCCGAUGGUUUGUCGUCGGCGUCGUCGUGCUCUUCACCGGAGACCCGUCGGAAAGCGAUUCCGCCUGCUGCGAGACACUCAAUGGUGAAAAAAUGGAAGAGAAAACUAAGGAAGGCUCAGCACCAGUAAGACCAGCUGAAGCGAGAAGGCCUCCUCUCCUCGCCGUAACGCUUGUUCGAAGAGUGACGAACGCGGAUUCCUCGAUCGGCGUCGAAGAGUUGUGCAAUCGGGUCUACGGUGGAGUGAUCAUAAAGAAUAAAAAACAGGAUUACAAACAGAAGUUCUGGGUCGACGAAGUUCUCCAAAAGAAUUGCUUCUUGUUGCUUGCUAAAAAGUUAUCCAUCAUUUGGAUCGAAAAUAAGCAAUACUGGGGUUGGAUCAACGAGGCGGAAGAAUGUUACAAUGGCGAAGAAGACAUACCCGUGGCGAAGCUGUUGAGUGUAUGCUGGCUACAAAUUUCAGGCACGUUUAGGACAGUCAAGCUCUCUCCAAAGACCACAUAUGAGGUUGCCUUCGUGGUGAAAAGGAGUGUAGAUAGCAGUGGGUGGAACGUUCCGGUGAACUUAAACCUCACUCUACCGGAUAAAACCACGCAGGGACGCAUUGAGAAUUUGUUGGUGAAGCCGAAGGGUGAAUGGAUAGACAUCCCUGUUGGUACAUUCAUGACUUCUCCGGAGAAUGUUGGCGAGAUAAGAUUUUCCUUCUCCGAAACGGAUGACCAUUGGAAGUCCGGACUCCUUGUCAAAGGUGUUGUCCUUCGACCACAAGAUUAAGCAUCGAAUCCGUCAAAAAGCUUGGAUAUGCAACAUUCCUUGGAAAAGAGAAAACAACGAAAGGUGUGU